AUGACAGACUUCGAUGGACAAGGACACCCACUAUCUCUGAAGGUCAUGCGUGUUUCCCGACCGGGACUUGCUAGCGCUUGGGAGCCUUUCUACUCCAGCUCCUCCUCAUUCUCCGCUCGUUCUACCGCCUCGAUUCUCUCUUUGCAAGGGAAGACUCCGUUACCUGGUCAUCCGAAGACCCUCCGCGAUCUAUCGCACGCGUCAGAGUUCCUCGCUCUCCCCGUCGCAUUCGGAGCCAUCCAGCUUGGCGAGACAUUUUCCAGCUGCAUAUGCGUGAACAAUGAGGCGGCGAACACCAAUAUAGAGGGUGUGAGCGUCAAGGUGGAAAUGCAGACCGCUAAUUCCAAAGUUUUGUUAGCUGAAGUUGGCAAAAAAUUGGCGGUUGGAGACGUUCUAGAGGUUGUCGUUCAUCACGAAGUAAAGGAAUUGGGCCAGCAUCUAUCGUCUCCCCCCGGGCUCCGCCACCAUACACCAUCGGGACCUACUGCAGAAGGUGCAGGUGACCCAAGCCUGCAGGGUUUCCGUAAAUACUAUAAGUUCGUCGUCACGAACCCCUUGUCUGUCAAGACGAAAGUUCAUGUCCCAAGAUCCCCGUCGGCGCUGCUGGAUCCCAUAGAACGCGAGAAGGUCUUCCUCGAAGUCCACAUUCAAAACACUACACAGGAACCGAUGUGGUUCGAACGCAUAGAUCUCGAAUGCGCCGAGGACUGGACUGCAACAGAUAUGAACCAAAUCUUCCUAAUCACUGGCACGGGUGACACUGAGGGCGCUGAGGAGAGCACCCCACUGUUUUCUGGGUCGAUGGCUCUCAUGCAACCUCAGGCAACUCGGCAGUAUAUAUAUGUGUUGUUACCGACUACUAUCCCGACCUUUCCUGCACCGGCGCAGCCUGGAUCCGUCAUUUCUCUCGGUAAAUUGGAUAUUUCGUGGCGCACACAUUUCGGUGAACCUGGUCGCCUCCUCACGUCCGUAAGUGACCCAUACUGUGCAUGCUUCCUCCUCCCCCCGUCCUUCACUUACCACGCACUCACGUUGCUGCAGAUGCUCACUCGUCGGGUCCCCGGUGCAUCACAACCACCACCACUUCCUGCCCUCCCUUCUCCACAGCAGCCCGCUUCGGCUAUUCCGCCGUACCUACAGCGCGUGGGCACGCCAUCAAGCCCUCGUUUACAUUCUCCACAGUUGCCUCCAUCACGAUCAGCAUCCCCAGGGCCUCAUAGACCAGCCUCUCCCUUCCGCAACCGACCUGUUGUACCCAUUCCUCGGCCUCAAUCACCCGCGGGAUCGAUCGUCAACACUGCUGCUCCGGCGCCUCAAGCUUUUCCAUCAGUAAUUGGUCCGGAGCAAAUAUCUGACGUUCAGGUGGACCUCGUGACUAUGCGGAAAGUCCAACAACCUGUCCACGUCUACGACCGUUUCACAAUCGAAUUCAAACUCACUGUCUCUGCUUCAAUACCCAAGGGAAUUCAGAAUCAGACGGUCUCGAUCGUGGUGCAGCACCUCCGACCUCCGCGUGCUUCGAGUGCCGCGGAAUCAUCGGUUGCGAAUUCCAAUAGAGAUCUCAUGGGAGGGUUCUCGACUUCGUCACAGGUCAGGAAUGCACCCACUGUCCCUGAUCGCCUCCUUGCGACUUCGUCCUUCCGUGCAAAUCAACUCCGGACGCAACAAUCUCUUACCGCUGUCACCGAUGCACCCUUCGUUGGACCGUCAUCAUUAGCGUUAGAGUCCAUAAAGUUAUGUACACCAGCGGCUCAGUCGUCAAGAGAAGACGUUCACCCAGCAGCAAGAACAGAGGGCAGCAGGCAGUUUGAGUUGACGUUCAUCCCGCUGCAAACUGGCUAUAUCUGUGUGGGCGGACUACGUAUCCUUCUCGUGGACCAUGAACUCUCAGAUACGGAGGCGAGCGUCCACCGUGUUGUGAAAGAACCCAGGACGCUGAGGGAGUAUGAUGUGGUAGGUGAAGUUUGGGUUAGUUCUUAA